GAUGAUGAUAGCAAUGAUAGAACCCGGGUAUGGUACCCGCAUGGAGCCGGCCAGCCGACGCUGUUUAUAGGGUCCCUGUUGGUUCUUUAUUUUAAGGGGUCCCCUAGUAUCAUGACUGUGUGGUGGACGGACGUACUACGCAAGUCGCGGUAGUUGCAACUUGCCGUGUAGCUUUUAGAUUGCGCGAGGACACCUUAGCACUGCCGUUGUUCGCAGUUGCAAAGGCUACGAACUCCAUGCUAGUUAUCGCUGUUCUGCGAACCAUUUUCUCGAGAGUAUAUAAUAAUAGGAACUUUGUUUGUGCAAUCAUGAGCACUACACUGAAUGAGUCUCCUCGCGACAUAGUAGAGGAGAGUGAUGGUGGUUGCGGAGUGAAGAGAAAAGCCGAAGAACCGGUCACUGGCUUGGACAUAAAGAAGAUUAGGCAAGGGCAAAAAGAGCUGCGACCCGGCUUUGGCAGCGACAGAUUCGACGAGACAGAAUACUACUUUCAGCAUGGUCUGCGGAAAGUGUACCCUUACUAUUUCACCUACACUACAUUCUGCAAGGGACGCUGGGUAGGACAUCUUCUUGUUGAUGUGUUUACCAGGGAGUUCAGAGCUCAUUCAAGAGAAGUCUAUGAAAAUGCUAUAAAAGCUGGCCUUGUAACAGUGAACAAUAAGGUUGUAGGCACAGACUAUCGUCUCAAAGACAAUGACCUUCUGGCCAACACUUUGCACAGGCAUGAAGUUCCUGUUCUUGGAGCACCCAUAAAGAUACUUCAUAAUGCUGAUGACAUGAUUGUUGUUGAUAAACCACCAUCUGUACCUGUUCAUCCAUGUGGAAGGUAUCGUCACAACUCUGUUAUUUUCAUCCUGGCCAAGGAACAUGGCUUGCAGAACUUGCACACUGUACACAGGCUGGACAGGCUCACGUCUGGACUGCUGCUUAUGAGCCGCUCAGUGGACAGAGCCCGGGAGCUGGAGAAUGAGAUCAAGGGCCGGCUGGUCGCCAAGGAGUACCUGUGUCGAGUUGAAGGCUGUUUUCCAGAUGACACAGUAACCUGCUGUGAGCCCAUAGAGGUUAUCUCUCACAAGAUUGGAGUCUGUGGUGUGAGCGCUCAUGGGAAGGAGUGCAAGACAGAGUUUAAGAGGCUCAGUUACAACGGAAAGUCCAGUGUUGUGCUGUGCAAGCCAUUCACCGGCCGCAUGCAUCAAAUCCGUGUGCACCUGCAGUAUUUAGGUUACCCAAUUGUUAAUGAUCCACUCUACAAUCACACAGUUUUUGGAUCUCAAAAAGCUAAAGGUGGCCUCACAGAGAAAACGAAAGAACAGUUGGUGGAGGACCUUUUGGAAGUACAUAACCUUAAAAAGUGGCUGGGCCCUGAAAUGGAUUUGACUUCAGAUGGCUGUUUGCCAGAAGAUGAGGGCUGUGGUGGUGGUGACACAAUGGAUAGAUGUGAACUCUUGGAGAAGCCUGCCACCAGCCAUUUCCCAGAAAGCCUAAAUCACUACUUGGAAGGUGCAGAGUCUGUGACAUUUCGUGCCAUGACGGAGAAGCAAGCUUUUGACAAGGCGAAAUUUGUGCGUCGCCAAGAAUGCUUGGAGUGUCGUUGCAAGUACAAAGACCCUGAGCCCAAGGAUCUUCUUAUAUAUCUGCACUGCCUGCGCUACAAGGUGCGUCGAUCAAUCCGGGGUGGCAGUGCCCUUCGGAGAACGAGCGAGGACGACAAUGCUAACCGACCAUGCGUCGCCUUGGCAAAAGGGUGUUUGCAGUAUGGGGGCCCCAGGAUUCGUCACAGUCUGCCGACACACGAGGCGACCAAGGAGAAAGGCAGCUCUGGAAUGUAGAGGCGCCGAAUGAGUUCGGCGGGCCAACUAUUGUUACCCAACUCCCCAACGCGGACCUGAUCUGCUACAGGUAGGGGAGUUGCCGUGGGAAUGUCGUUGUAGGCUCCUUCCCACACGCCGAGCAAGACGCAAGACAGUGUGCUACCCGGGCGCGCUACCCGGGACGGCUUGGAGUUCUACGAAGCCCCUCUGACAUCGGCUCCGGACCAUUGGACCUGUGUGUGUGUGUGUGUGUGUGUGUAACCCGUCCCGGGGAGAGGCGGCCUUUUUACAAUGACUGGACGAACGUUUCCAUCCCCUUGGAAUCAAGGGGGGACCAAGCGCUUAUAAGCAGCGAUUGUCGGCUGCUAGAGUGUGCUCGUCGUCGUGCUCUAUGCUCGAAAUGUACUCGUGAGCUGUGUGCUCGUUUGCUGUAUGUUCGUCUUGCGGGCUCCAUUUGGGAGUCACGCAUAGACUGUUUAAAUGUAUCUCUUGUUCAAAAUGUUAAUAUGUAAAUAAACCCUGCUCACCUA